GAAACGUAUACAUUUUCUAAAAUGUAUGAUUAUACUGUAAAAUGUGCACAAUGGUUGCGUCAACAAGAAAUCAAAAGAGAUGAUGUAAUAGCUGUAUGCACUUCGAUUACUAUUGAAAGUUUUGCACCAUUAUUUGCAAGUUUUUGCGUUGGUGCAAUAUUUACACCAUGGAAUCCAGAAAUGGAUAUACGUGAGACACGUUAUUACAUGAAAUUAUCUGGUGCCAAGAUAGUUUUUGCGAAUGAAAACUCGGUGGAUAAAAUAUUGGAAGCUGCUAAGUUAGAAAAUCAUGAUAUCAAAAUCGUUGUAUUUGGUGAAUCUUCGAAUGCAAUACCCUAUUCAAAAAUUCUCAAUAGUAAUUGCAAUUUAGAUGUGAAUAAUUUCGAAUGUACACAAAUAGAUAACGUAAACGAUUCAGCUGCACUUCUUUAUUCGUCUGGUACAACUGGUCCACCUAAAGCAGUUCUAAUCUCGCAUUAUGCAUUUUUGUGCAAUGUACUUUCGCCAGAUGGUUUUAACGCCGAAGGAAUUCCAUUAUGGUUCUCACAAUACUUUUGGAUAACCGGUGUCUUAUUAACGUUGGGUUGUACUGCCAAUUAUCGCGUUAAACUAUUUUAUCCUAAAUUCGAAGAAGAAAUGGCGUGUAAAAUUAUCGAAAAGUAUAAGGUUACAUGGGUUUUUAUGUCACCUAGUAUGGUGAAUAGAAUAUUAAGAUCUGGUUAUUUUAAAAAAUAUGACGUAUCCAGUGUUACUAAAAUGAAUAUCAGUGGAAAUAUAUUUACCGAGCAAAGUGAAUGUCAAGUUAAAAAAUGUAUGCCUAAUGCCGAUAUCAUACAAAUGUUUGGAAUGACCGAACUUGGUGGUAUUGUAACAACUACAAAACCUAAUCACAAAGCAGGUAGCAUUGGAACGGUCUUAGAAAAUUCUAAAAUUAAGAUUAUCGAUUUAGAAAAUGGAAAACCAUUGGGUCCAAAUAAGACGGGUGAACUUUUGACUAAAUCUAUAACAAUGAUGAAUGGUUAUUACAAUAAUCCACAAGCUAACAAGGAUGCUAUAGAUGCUGAUGGAUGGUUGCAUACAGGUGAUCUAGCAUAUUACGACGAAAAUGGUGAAAUUUUUAUUAUGGGUAGAUUGAAAGAAACUAUGAAGUAUCAAGGUCAUCAAAUGUCACCUCAUGAAAUCGAAAGUUUUUUACUAACACACCCCGAUGUUGUCGAUGUUGUGGUGGUGGGUGUACCUCAUCUUGAGGAUGAUGAACACCCCAUAGCAUUUGUAAUCAAAGUUCCCGAUUCGAAGGUAACCGAACGAGAACUUCAAGAAUUUGUUGCAAAAAAUAUGACUGAUCGAUAUCAUUUACGAGCUGGUGUGAAAUUUUUAGAAACUAUGCCUUAUACGGCAUCCGGAAAAAUUUCAAGAAAAGAUCUCAAAGCUAUGGCUAAAAAUUAUCAAACGAAUUAAUCUAUUGUUUUUUUUUUUUUAUUUAAAUUUAUACAAAAUUUAUUUCUUCAAUCUGAAGCUGACAAUUUUUGUUAGUAAGUUAACGCAAUAGUUGAGAGAGCUUGUACUUCCACGUGUUACUCAAACGACGUACAGAUAAAGAAUAAGAAAGAACGAAGGGAAGACAAAAGGGACCUAAGCCCUAAGACAAAAGAAUGCCCAACCAAGCCCGAAGGGCGCGUCCACAUCAUUACCCUGUCGAUAAGUUAUGCACGGACCGCAUAUCGCCGUGUGCACCGGCACACCCAUUACCGACAAUUUUUAUUGUAUAAAUA